CCCAGUAAUUCGUGAAAAUUUUUUUAACCUUCAUCACAUCAGUAACAAUUUUUUUUAUUUUUAAAUAAAAUAAUAUAAAAAAAAGUUCAGUAUAUUAAUCGACUUACGUAUAUCGAUUAAUUACAAUAUCGAUAUAAAACCCAUCUGUUAAGUCACCAACCCAAAAUGACAUCCGUAUAACUUUUUUUAGUCCAUUGGUUACUUGAAUACAAAAAUAUUUAUAACAAUAAUAAUAAUAACAAUAAUUGUCAUACAGUGAUAGUUUAAAUCAAGUGAAAAAAUUAAUCAACCUAAAAAUUAUUCUGGUCAAUUAUUAUCCAAAUAGUAUCAAUACUAAUAAUUAAAAAUUUAACAAUAACAAUGGAAAUAAAUACUGAGUCAUUACAAAUUUCAACUUAAACGUCACCAGUGACAGGUGGUGGUAAAUAUAUAAUAAAAAAAAAAUGUCAUUCAUUUCUCUCUCAUUAAUACAAAGUGCCAUUUUGCUAUAAAUAUAUAUCGAAAAAAAAAAAAUUUUUCGUUAAAAAAAAAAAAACAACUAAAUUAUUAAAAUAAAAAAAAAAUUUUUAUCUGUGAUGAGUGACUCGGAACAGCGGCAACUGCACGUGCCUUAUCGAGAGUAUCAAAGUCAAAGUAUUAAUUAUAAUCAUCAAGGAUUACUAUCAGCAACUGGAUCAUCAGUUACGUCAGGUGGUUUUAUUGAAACUGAUGCAUUAGUUGAUCUCUCAAUAACACCACCAUCGUCAUCGUCACUAUUAACGUUAACACCAGGACCAGUACCAGGACCAGGAGCCGUUGCAGGAACAGGAGCAUUAUCACCAUCAUCAUUACUAUUGUCAUCACCAGCAAAUACUAAAUCAUCGUACACUAAUACGCCAGUGGCAACAGCUGGGGUAUCAACUAUUGGAACUAUUUCAGGAGCGACAACAAGUAAUAAUAACGAUACUGAUUUAUUGCCGGACGUUGAUUUUGCACCGAAUUUAAGCAACGAAAUACACGUAAUCAUUGAUUCGCCGGGUAUUGACCGGGAGAGUCAGCCUCUCCUUGGUCGUCUUGAACUUGAUGUUACGUUUAAUAGAUUUCCAGAUGACCCACAAUUUUCUGAACUUGUCUGGCAAGCUGAGUGUGCGAUAGACAAUGGCAUUUAUCCAGAACGUAUUUAUCAAGGCUCUAGUGGUAGUUAUUUCGUUAAAAAUCCAUCAGGAAAAAUAAUAGGUGUAUUUAAACCAAAAGAUGAGGAACCAUAUGGGAGAUUAAAUCCCAAAUGGACAAAAUGGAUGCAUAAAUUAUGUUGCCCUUGUUGUUUUGGACGAAGUUGUUUAAUACCAAAUCAGGGUUACUUGAGUGAAGCCGGUGCAAGUUUAGUCGAUCGUAAAUUAGGUCUUGGUGUUGUUCCAAACACACGUGUUAUUAAACUUGUCAGUCGAACGUUCAAUUACCCGAGAAUUGAUAGACAAAAAACACGAAUGAAACAAGCCAUAAUGGAUCAGUUUCCAGCAGUUGGAUCACAAUUUAAACGUAUCGGCUUACCACCUAAAAUCGGAUCAUUUCAAUUAUUUAUGGAUGGUUACAAAGAUGCUGAUUACUGGCUAAGAAGAUGGGAGAGUGAUCCAUUACCUACUAAAUUAGCGCGUGAUUUUCAAUUACAAUUUGAACGUCUUGUUAUUCUAGAUUACAUUAUUCGAAAUACUGAUCGUGGCAAUGAUAACUGGUUAAUAAAAUAUGAUCCAGCAGCGGCAAAGACGAUAGAAGGCGGUGAAGUUAAAAUAGCAGCUAUUGAUAAUGGCUUAGCGUUUCCAUUUAAACAUCCAGAUUCAUGGCGCGCUUAUCCUUAUCACUGGGCAUGGCUCAGCCAAGCUAAACUACCGUUUAGUGAUGUAACACGUGAACUUGUUUUGCCACAACUAUCUGAUCAAAACUUCAUUCAAGAUCUCUGUGAUGAUUUGUAUCAUUUAUUUAAGCAAGACAAAGGAUUUGACAGGCAUAAUUUUGACAGACAGAUGAGCGUUAUGAGAGGGCAAAUAUUAAAUCUACAACAAGCGCUUAAAGAUGCUAAAAGUCCAGUACAACUGGUACAAAUGCCGGCUGUGAUUGUUGAAAAAGCCAAAGGGAAUGGAGCACCAAAAUUAUUUUCAUUCUCGGAUACUUUUACACAGCGCUUCCAAAAUAAAAGUCCAUUUUUUUCCUGGUGUUGAAAAACAACUCAACAUUAAUUACCAUCAAUGAUUAAAACGGAUAUUUAAUAUCGAUACGAAUUAAUUUAUAACAAAAAAAAAAUUAUGAUUAUUUAUAUUAUCACUAUUAUUAAUAAUAAUUAACACACAGAAAGAGACCUUCCAACAAAUUUAAUAUUUAUUGAUCUGGUGAUAAUUAUUAUUUUUAUUAUUUUUUUCUUUAUAGUAAUUUUUCUAGAACAUCGAAUUAUUUUUUGAAUAAUUAAAUAGAAAAAAAACAACAAUUAUUAUUGUCUAUCUUAGUCAUCAAUUUAUUUUCUUGUAAUAUUACUUUUUGCACACUUCAACCGCGAAGUGCUGAGUGUGAUCUACUCUUGCUUAAACUUUUUUUUUUUUUUUUAAAUAAUUAUUCAUAUUGUAAACAGUAAGAUAUACAUCACAUAAAAUAAAUAAAUAAAUAAUUUGUAUACAUCACAAAUCCACGAAGAAUUAAUGAACCAAAAACAGAGUAAAAAAAAAGUAAU